AUGUCGAACAUCACUCGCGCAUUCACCAAGCGCACCAAGCGCCCGGAAGUGUCUGCACCCAUGCCAUAUCGUGCUGAAGGGCAUGUCCGCUUCAAUUCGGGCACUAUAAAGCGCGGCAACAUCUCGGGCCCCGUGCAGCUUCUGUCGACUACGAAUAUGCUCGCCUAUAACGCGCCCGACCUCAAAUCUGCCGCCUCGUCGUCCUCGUCAUCAUUGCGAUCGGACUCCGACGCGGCCAUCUCUCCGCACAGCUACUCUUCCUCCAUCACCACCCCAGAUAUGUCGCCACAUGAGUCCUCCCCCGUGGAAGCGAACCCGUCUUACUUCCCCAAGCGCUCGGCGACGGUCACCAGUCACCCGCGCUCGUCGACGUCCUCCUCGUCCACCACCGAGGUCCCGGUGAUCCCGAAGCGGGCGCUCUCGCACACGAAGCGGUCCCACCAGGAUCUGGCCCACAAGCGAUCCAUCUCCCGCAUUGUGCCGACCGGCCACUCAGCUGGACGGAUGUCGCAACAAACAUCCGAGCUGCACCCAUUCGGUAAGGAACUAGCGCAGGUGAACGAGGUUGCCGAGGAGUUUGGCAAUCUCCGCGUGGUCGAUGAAGAGGAAAUGGUGCUCCACCGCAAGGGCCUCAAGAAAUUCUCCGUGGACGAUUAUCUCUCGGAAGUCGAGGAACUCUACGGGAGUAUCUUUGACGACCAAUUGGGUCCCAUCGGCACUGGAGCCUGGCUGUAG